UUGGAUCGAGCAAAAACCGAAAGUAGAAUCGAGGAAAUUUCCAUGAAGAAUAUAACGAAAGAAGGAGGAAAACUUUCUGACAUUUUGUAUCAUCAUGGUUUUCGUUAAAAUACAUUUAUUACCGACAUCAAAUGGUAGAAAAUGAGCACCCGAGAAUCUUUGUCAAGAAGAUGUAUUCUUCUCAAACAAGUGCCAGACGACAUCGAUGAAGAAUGUAUACGCAGGCGGAUUCACGGCGUAGAGAAGUCCCACCGAUAUAACGAAUUUAGUCUUGAACCCUGUGAAGUAAGAUGGAUCGUUUUACUGGCAAACAUUGAAUCUGCAGAGAGAUUAAUCAGAGAUUCCCAGGUCCCUGUGUUGAGUUGCAGUGGAACAGAAUGUAAUCUCCGUGUUGGACCUUGUCCAGAAUGCAUCAUUCCUGAUGAUUGGUUGGAACCUUUGACCCCAGAGAGGAUAAGUAUGAACUUUCCCGAUGACCAGAUGCUGGACAGCAUAGGAAUGAGAAGUGUAAGAGAGAGAGAACAAGAGAAUAAUGCUCCAAAAACAGAUGUUUUUAAGAGAGUGGAAGAAAAGGAAGAAGAGGAAGAAAACCAGGACACGUAUGUCCCGAAGUUUGUCAUUCCUGCUAUUUCCUCGCCAUACAGUGGUCCAAAUUACAUGGCAGACUCUAACGAUUCCCGUCCAUACUCCAGUAUCAAGUCACAGCUUUCUGAGGAAAAGGAUGAGGCUAAUCAUGAUUCCAACCCUGGUGUUACUAAGUCAGAAGAUUUUGACUCAGAUCCAGAGAAAGUUCCAACGAUGGUAAAUGUUUCAAGUAGGAAAAAUGGUGAUGACGAAGACCCUUAUGCGACUAUUGAUGAUGUGAAUUUGAAAUCAUUCGUGAAAGAAGAUCAUGACACGCCCCCAUCUUUGCCUGAACGGCCAGGCAAAACUGAAAGUAAGGAUGAGUUUUCUUCAACUUACUUGGAACCAGUUUCUUUUAGUAAAAAUGGUGCUAAGGAAACAGAAAGUGCUUCAGAUGAAUAUCAAAGCAACAAUCCCUGGAAUGGGGGUGACCAUCCUGACAAACUUCAGUGUGCUCAGCCACAGAUAUUGAGCAAUACAAAUGCAGAAGUAAAUGCUUCAACAUACAUUGAGCCUUUAAAAAGGAAUUCCAGUGCCAACGAAAGUAAUAAGCAGGUACCAUUGAGUUUACCAUCAAAACCGCAUAAAGAAAACCAUUUUCAACCUUACGAAAAUGCAUCUAUUGGUUCCAAUAUGAAGGUUCCCACUUCUUUAGAAGAAAAUUCUAACACAGGAUGUCAAACUACCACAAAUACUGCAAAGCUUUAUCCUGUAAUUGGUGAGGAUUGCAAUAAAAUACCCCAGACAUUGGUUAACGAAGCCUACAAGAGUCAAGGGGCCAUACCAAAGGUUACAAGAGGAAAUACACAUCCUGGAAGUGUAGGGAAAGAUGUUGAUGCACUGUAUCAGAACCAUGAGAUGAUCAAAAGACCUGAUCCCUCUCCUUCUGUCCCAGAAACUGGGCAAAAUAGACCUGAUAGAAUGCCUGCGGGCUUCAGUGGAGCAACACCAGCACCAGGCAAUUUUGUUGACCAGACAGAGGCUAGGUUCGUGCCUCAGAAUGGACCAGUACCACCAUUUUUUCCAAAUUUUAUGAUGGCUCCUCUCAAUCCUCAAAAUCAGCAAAUUCCAAUGCCUAAUUUCAUGGAUCCAAAGUAUCAACAGCAGCAAAACAUUCAAAGUUUUCCAAGGACACCGUAUCCUGGCUUUCCUGUGCCAUUUUUCCCGUUUGGCCAACUACCAAAUCAAGGGAAUAAUAUUCCACAAACUGGAGAGAUAAUUCCAAUGCCUGAACCACAAUUUCCUGUAGUUCCUAAAGAGGCCGAGGGGGAAAUCCCCGUGGCUAAAACGGAGGAGAUGGAAUCUGAAACCAAGAAUACAAACCUGUUAGCAUCACCACAAAGAAGGAAGAAGAAACAAAGCGUGACCCCUAAACAGGAAGAUCAGAUUGAUGAUAAACCCACAGGGUCAGAGGGAACAUUUGACACUAUCAGAGUGAGGCUGAAACAACCAUUGACACAAGACACCCUGGAAAACUACUUUGAGAACAAACGGAAGUCAGGGGGAGGAGACAUUGAUUCCUUAACAAUCAUCAAAGGCACAGAAAUGGAAGUUGAAGAAGUUCUCAUCACAUUUUCAGAGUCUAAAGAUGCCAUGAAUUGUCUUCAGCAACAACACAUAAUAGAUAAAAAGAUCCUAAAUGUGCAGAAGUAUGACCCAAAUGAUCCAAGUCUGUGGGAAAUGGACAAGGCUCUAGUUACAGGUUUGAACCCUGUAACUACAGAGGACACGCUGAUGAAUUUUCUGGAGCCUGCAGCUGGUGUGGAACUAAAAGAUCUGGUGAGAGGGGCACAAGAAGAUGUAGCCAUAGUGGUGUUUGCAGAGAAACCAGAUUUUGCAAAAAUGUCAAAGAGGUGCAAGGAGAAAAAACUAGAAGGCAACACCUUAUUUGUACAGAUGGUGGAGAAAUGUCAAACUAUUUAUGUCAAAGGGAUUGACAAGUGCAUUACCUAUGACCUAGUAGAGAAUUUUUUCUGUAACAAGAGGAAAAGUGGAGGUGGAGAUGUAGAGAAGGUGGAUUACCAUCCAGAAGAUGGUUACUGUAUUGUGUACUUUGAAAAUCCAUCAGAUGCAAAAAAUGCUGCAGCAAAAGAAAAGUUUACUAUUAAUGAUAGAGAGAUACAAGCACAGAUGUACUUUCCUUGCCUGGGCUUGCCAGAACAACCAAUGAAUUGGGAAGACAUGCCCUAUGUCUCUUACAAAGGCAAUGAAUAUAUUGUCAAGUUUGUCAAAAACCUCCCAAAAGAAUGUAGCCAGAUUGAAGAGGCUUUACAAAAGAAGUUUGUCAAGGUAGAGUGGCCAAAAUCAAAGUCAGAUUUCACUGUCAAUUUACAAUGUACAGUUACAAAAGAUGUGAAGAAUGCAAAGGAAAUUCUGAAAAGCUGGAAAGAAGAAGCAGAGGUAGAGAUGGAUAGACAUAUGAAUAAAUAUGUUUGUCAAAAGCAUUCUACAGUACCAGAGGCAUGGCAAGCACUUCUGGCUCAGUUGAAAACAUUGACCAUUGAUCAACCAGACAGAGUGGCAGUCCUUUUGGACAAGAAAAAACACACAGUUAUAGUAGCUGGCUAUGAGGAAAAUACUGAGGCCCUUACCCGGAUAAUCCUAAAUCUUAUCAAGACAGAGGAAUCAAAAAUUCAAAAUCAAACAGAGAAAAUAAUGAAAAACAUACCUUUAGAUUUUCAUAAGUGCCAGCAACUUUGGAAAACUCAUUUUGGGAAGAAAUUGGCGAAUGAUUUUCCAGAUCUUGAUUUUCAAGUUGAAAUCAACAAAAAAGAGGUGAAUUUGACUGGAAAGCCAACAGAAGUCAAUGAGGCUCUGAUCAAGAUGCAUGAAUAUCUGAUGAAUACAAAGUCAAAGUCUUUGAACAUUUCAAAAGAACGUUAUGAAAUUUUUAUGAAGAAAGAAGUGAAAGAAGGUUUUAUUGCAGAAAUGAAAGCUAAAGGCAACAAGGCAGUUUGGAAUGUGACAGAAGACAAAGUUGAAAUGACAUCGUCAAAUUCGAAAAUGGCUGAUGAAGCAUUGGAGAUCUUCAAGGAGUUUAUUCCAGAGAAAAAAAUUCAAAUGAAAGACCUUGUAAAAGUUUUGACUAUGCAUGACUGGCAAGCUUGUGUAAAGGAACUAAGAGACAAACAUAAUGAAAAACUGAACAUUUCUUCUUCAAGCUCUGAAGUUUGUGUUACUGCUACUAAAGAUAUUUUUGAAAAUGUAUGCAAGCAGAUAGAACAUGUUAUGAAAAUCUGUUCUGAGAAAUGCCGCAUUGAUCACAGAGUUGUGAAAUUGUCCCAGCAACAAUUUAGCUACAUAAAAUAUUUUGGACAAAAUAAAAUUGGACAAAUCGCAAAUGCAUGUAAUUCAAAAGAGUUGGAAAUAAAACAAAACCAAUCGGACUGUUCAAUAGAAAUUACAGGCAAUGAUGAAGAUGUAAAAAAAGCCUAUGAAAGUUUGAUGAGAUUUAUUAAACACCUUCGUGAAGAUUCUUGCAGCAUAAACAAACCUGGAGCUAAGGUGUUCUUUAACUCAAGUAAAGGUCGAGAAGCGAUGAAGAAAGCUGGAAAAGACACAUCCUGCAUCAUUUUGAAUAAAGAGGGAAUACGACACAUUAAAGAAAAUAGGGAGAAUGGAUCAUUUAGAGGCAAUAGAAGAACAUUCUAUAGUUUGCCUAUAAAAAUUGCUGAAUGUGAGCUGCAGUUUUGUGAUAAGAAGUUUAUUGUAAUGAAGGGAGAUGUUACAAAAUUGAAAGUUGAUGUACUUGUGAAUGCUGCAAAUGGAGAGUUAGAUCAUUGUGGAGGUUUAGCCUUGGCAAUAUCUAAAGCAGGAGGAAAGUCUAUUCAAGAGGAAAGUAAUACAUACAUUGCGUCCAAUAAGAUUGUUCCAGAUGGUGAGGCGAUACCUGCUCAACCAGGUGAACUCCCAUGUAAACGGCUGCUCCAUGCCGUGGGGCCAAGAUGGCGUGAUGGAAGUCACAAAGAGGAACAAUUGCUCAAAAAAGCCAUAUUUAAAUGCUUGGAAUUGACAGAUAAAUAUAAGCAUUCUUCCAUAGCUAUCCCUGCAUUAAGUGCUGGAAUUUUUGGAUAUCCAGUGGCAAAAUCAGUGAAGGUCAUUCUGGAUACUAUUGAAUCAUACAUCAAGACUGUACCCUCCUCUUCAAUCAAAGAAGUUUACUUCUGUGAUGUGGAUGACACCAUUGUCAAGGAAUUUGUCAUAUGUCUUAAGAAAAAGUUUGGACUGGAAGUGAAGGAGUUUAGUGGAGAUGAACACGUCCAAAAAUCACCAGUUGAGAACGCAGGUUCUGAUUCAGAAGAAGAGAAGCCCAGAAGAAGCUGGUCUAGGUCUGAGAAGCCUAUCUGUGAGAUAAAGGUUAUCAGUGGUGAACUGGCAAAAAUGAAGGUUGAUGUGAUUGUGAGUUCCACUGACAAAUCAUUAAACCUCACUCUUGGUGCUACAUCCAAGAGUCUGCUCAGGGCAGGGGGUGAGUCUCUGCAAGAAGAAUGUACAAUGAAGUACAAACAUGGUGUUCAACCAGGAGAAGUAGCCAUGACCAAGGGAGGUAAUCUCUCUUGUAGGCAAGUGUAUCACGGAGCAGUAAAGAAGUGGGAUUACAACAGAGGAGAUGCACUCAGUAGGUUCACUGAAUUUGUUAAUAAUUGCUUGCGAACGGCGGACAAGAAUUGGAUGAGUUCCAUGGCAUUCCCAGCACUAGGGACAGGAAGACUGGGUUAUCCCCCUGAUCUUGCUGCAAAGACAAUGCUCAAAUGUUGUAGAGAUUUCCUACGUCAGAAUAGUUCAACUUUAUUGAAAGAGAUUAUCUUUGUUGUCUAUCAUGAAGAUAAAGAUACUCUCCAGACAUUUCAAUCUGUAAUGAGUUCAGAGGAUGUGAGUAGAGGAACAGAGACGUCAAGGUCCAGUUACCCACAGAGGCGGAGUACAGAUCAUGGUCGCAGAGAUAAGAGUUUCAAGCUGAAUAAACUUAAUGUCGAGAUUCGUCAAGGGGACAUAACCCAGGAGAGAUCUGAUGUUGUAGUCAACAGUGUUACUGAGAGUUUGGACUUAUCUAAAGGUGCAGCCUCCAAGGCUAUCCUAAAAGCAGCAGGAGACAAUAUUCAGACUGAGUGUAGAAGAGGAGGAAUGUCCUUGGCAGCAGAUGAUUUUAUUGUGACAUCAGGAGGAAGAAUGUCGUGUAAGCACAUCAUUCAUGUGAAGGCUCAGAAAUCUGCCGACGGGUGGGAGAACAUGGUGAACAAAGCUCUGGCUCAUGCUGACAAGAUAGGGAGUCGAUCCAUAUCCUUCCCAGCUCUAGGAACAGGAAUGAGAAACACUGAUUCUGCAGAAAUUGCAAAGGCCAUGUUUACGGCCAUGAGGAAAUUCCAGCCAAGCAGUCUAGAGACAGUGAGAGUGAUCAUAUUCCAGAAAGACAUGGUCUCCAUUUUUCUCUCUACGUUAAAGUCAAUUCCUCAGGGGAUCUUCACUCAAGCUAAGGACUUCUUUAAAGGAAAGUUCAAUGAUGUAGUUUAUGGGGAUGAUGAUGCCAGCAGAGAACGACCUCAAUACCAGCGACAUCAGAGUGGUAACCGUGGUAGCAGGGGUCACAUGCAACAACCAGUGGAGGAAAAUGUCACAUUCCUGAUUCUGUCUAACUCGGAGGAAAACAUCAGAAAAGCUAAAAAGAGUCUGGAUGAGGUGUACAAGUGUUAUGACAUUGAUGCUUCAAAGCAAAAAUUGAAUGACAGACAGAUAGAUGCAAUUAAAAGGAUUGCAAAGGGAAUCGACUGCCUUUGUACAGAAAGUAAAAUUCUGUUAAUGGGGCCUGCAAAUGAAGUCAAUGAGGCCACUGUAGACAUUCUUAAAUACCUGCAUGAAGUGAAAGACAAAGAAAAAGCCCAGGCAAUCCAGAUGUAUGUCAAAUGGCAAUAUGAAAUUUCACCUGAAAAAUGGAUGACUUUUAGAGAUGAAAUCAACAUGGAGAUAGAAACAGCUUACAAGGAAAAGAAAAUUACUUGUGUUGUAAAAGAUAGAACAAACACAGAAUAUAUCAUUGAUUUUAAAAAAAUGGAGGAAUAUGAGAAAAGCAACUAUAGGAAAAAAUACAAGAUAAGAAGAAUGGACAAGGCAGGUGGGACAUCUGUUGGUUUGCCUGUCAAAUGGGCUCACAUGAAGAGUGAUCAGACAAUGGUGGAGGUCAAGCUAUCACCACAUGACAAGGAAUACAAGGAUGUACUGGCUCGGUUCAGUGCCACCAGCGGUGGUUCUGUUUCAAUAUCAGAGAAAAUAGUUCGGAAGCUAAAGACACAGAUGUCUGCCUCUUAUGAGGUGAAAAAAAUUGUAGAGAUAAGAAGAGUUCAGAAUCCAUCCCUGUAUCAACAAUAUGCUGCCAAAAGGAAAGAAAUUAGCAUUAGGAAUAAAAGGGACCCUGAGAAAUGGCUGUGGCAUGGAACAUACCCCGAAACAGUGGAUAAGAUUAUAAACAAUGGAUUCAACAGAAGUUACUGUGGCAAACAUGGGACGUCUUAUGGAGCCGGUGUUUAUUUUGCUGUGAAUGCUUCAUAUUCACUCGGUUAUUGCGGCGGAGAUUCCAGAGGACGUAAGCACAUGUUCUCAGUCCAAGUAGCCACUGGAGAUGCUUGUCAGGGGAGUGGAAGUUUGCAUGUUUUGCCACCGAAACCAGGGGCUGGAGGUCAUGUGACAUACGACUCAGCAACAGACAACCCUUCCAAUCCCGGGAUGUUUGUGAUAUUUCACGACAGCCAAGCCUAUCCAGCAUAUCAUAUCAUAUUCCAAUGAUAUAGAAGCAUUCCAAAAAUCUAGUGCUGUUUGUUUUAAGGCAAAUGUGCUGUUUAAGACUGUGGCUGUGAUACAUCUUGCUAAAAUUACUACAUAUUAAGGAAUGUAUAAUGUUUGUACCUGUAUGGUGCCUUGCAUGUUUGUUUUUCUAUAAAAAAUUUUGAAUCUGUAAAUUAUAAAUAUUUGUAUAUUAUUUAUUGUGACUUUUUGAUAAUUGUAUUUGAUUUCAAUGAUAUUUACAUUUUCCAAUUUCUUUGCCUGUGAUAACACUACGUAUCGAUUUUGUACUAUAUAACCCAUGACUACAAAUAACGCCAAAUUGAGGCGUCAGCGGGUUUGCUUAUUUAUAUUUAAAUAUUUAAUUUGACACCGUUCCUUGUUUCUGUCUACAUGAACGUGCUGAUCAUAGAUCACUUUAUGUUGUUUACUAUUUUAUUCAGAAGUAUUAUUAUAUUUAUAUUAUUAUUAAUGUAUAUUACUAUAUAUAUUUAUAUUAUAUUUUGAAUAUCAAAAAUUUGACACAGCAGAUUACAGUUAUUAUUUGUACAUGUU